CAACUCAAUCGGAUAAAAGGACCUACGAUACAUUUCAUGAACUUUUUCGUUAAACAGGAUAAAUUUGCUAUAAUGCUUUGACAAAACUGUCAUAUUUGAAUGAACCUGUCUUGAAUUUGUAUACACGGGCUUUUAUAAUAAUGUUUAACUAGUUAAAAUUUUAUUUAUUAACAAUAAGGAUUAUAAAUGGACAGGUAUAAUUGCUGGCAUCUAAGAAUCCGAGGAAAUAAAGACUAUGAUGUAAAUUUAAAAAAAUACAUAGAGAACAUUGAAAAUCUAUACAAAACACAAAUAAGAGCACUACCUCAAUGGAAUCAGUUGAAGCACAGAAUAGAUUGUAGAACUUCUACUUGCAAAAACAAGGUUUUUGAAGCUAAGAAAAGAAAAGCUUACAUAAUAAAUAAAAUAUACGUACAAUGGACCAGACCUACUCCAUUUGAAUUAACAGAUUGUCUAUUCAGAACAUCAGACAAAUGGCAAGCCCAUGUAUAUAAGAAACCUAAAUAUCCUUCAAUAGAAAACAUAGAAAAAGAAUCCAGCAUUGUUGAAACAGAACAAAAUACAUCUGAGCUUAGUGACGUAGCACACCCGAAUACUGAAACAGUAGCUUCCCUUGAUAUAAUAGAACCUAAAUUUAGAAACGUUAACACUGACGAACCUGUUUCAGAAUUGACUUCUCCUGUACAUAGACCCAUAUAUAUAGAUACAAAUCAGCACAAUUUAAUAUCACCAUUGACUUCAAAAGACAGAUUUGUUUCUUUCGAGAGUAAAUUUAAUCGGGAAAAAAAAUUGCCGGACAAACCUGAGUGGCCUCAAUUGAAACUUACAACUUUAAUAAAAUGCUCACCUAGAAAAAUAUGCAUACGCUGCAGAACUUUGGAGGAACAUACGGCAUCGUUUUCAUUAAUAAAUUGUGGUUCAGAAACCACCAUGAUCAGGUUUCACUCUAUUACUAAUCGAUGUUGGUUUAAGAAAAUCAUAAUAGAACCUCAGAUUCCAAUGCGACUCUAUCCUGGAAUAGCUGUUAAAUAUAAAUUCAUGUUUAAACUGUUACAAACAGACCAAGAUUUCGACACCAAUUUGAAUUUUCGGGUGAAUAAUAAUGAUUAUGUUAAGCCACAAAUUGAAGCACUUAAUAUCCGAAUUCUAAGCGCUUUCAAACUAAAAUCUCGCAUUUCUGUAACAGAAAUCGUUGAAAUACAACCUGUUUAUCUGUGGCAAAUAAAGUUUGGUUAUCCAAAAUCAUUUCUCCAUGUUAGAAUUGAAGAUUGCAAUAAAUACAUUCUUCGUAUUACUAAACGCACAGUGAACUUUGUCACAGAUUUUAACGGACUGUCGACAUCUUUGGAAGGUCUCCCUCCUAAUACAGAAAGUUUGAAUAAUAUUGAAGACCUUCAAGAAUUUUCUAAAAACGAAUGCUUAGAAGACCCACUUGAAGACACAAAUCAAGACAUUGUAGACGAUAUCUUAAAUCUAAUCAUUGAUCAAGCUUUAGAUAUUUUUGUUUUCGAUAGAACCUUCAUGACUCUCGAUCCAAAAUCUAACCAAACUAUUCCUAUUUAUUUUACUAAAGCAGAACAUAUUGGAAAACAUCAAUGCUAUUACGAUUUACAUUUCUAUGAUCAACAGGAAGAAGUCAUAUUCGUAACCAAAACUAUCAAAAUUUUUGGUGAAGUUUUGCAGCAUCCUAUACACAUAUAUCCGAAAUUGUUAGAUAUGACUCAAUCCCACCAGAUGCAUGGAUUUUACGAGGAUAAAAUUGUAAUAGCAAAUACCCACAACGUUUACCCGGUUCUAGUAAAAAUCAAGUUAACAGAUAUCAUGAAAAAUAUGAUUCAAAUAAGACCUAUGUCAACUCUAAUACCGACCUCCUCCAAUGUUACCUUACGCGUGAGACUAUGUUCAAAAGAUCUGUGUACUUCAGAAGGAUAUGAUGAUUUUGUUCAUUUUACGAUCAAGAUAAUUAUAACCGGCGACAAGUCAAUCUAUGACAAAGUACCACCGAUAUUUUACGAAAUAAUUGCGCCAUGUGCUUCUUAUUUCGAAAAGAUUAACAGUCGGAAAUAUUUAAACGAGGAGCAAUUUAAGUCAAUAGUGGAAGGCUAAAAACAAAACUCAU